UAAAAAAAAAAGUAAUAGUUAUAAUUUUAGAAAAAUUAAUUUCAAGAGAACAAGAUAUGCUGAAUUGGAGCAUUUACCUUAAAAAAUUUCUCGGUGGCGUUUUGACUUGAAACAGUCGCUGCUGCGUCUUCUUCUUCUUCAUCCGUGGCGUUAGGGUUUUGGUCGAAGUAGCCGUUCCCCAUGGACGCCGAAGCGGACCCUCCUCAAAACCCUAUCACAAGACACAAAUGCUUGGCAUGCUAUAAGCAAUAUAAGAAGAAAGAGCAUCUUAUUGAGCACAUGAAAACUUCGUAUCAUUCUGUUCAUCAGCCAAGAUGCGGGGUCUGUCAAAAGCACUGCAAAUCUUUUGAGUCUCUGAGGGAACAUCUUACUGGUCCUUUGCCAAGAGGAAUUUGUUCAAAGAUUUUCUCUCAACAGGGCUGUCAACUUUGUCUAGCACUAUUUGAUAGUCCCGGGUCUCUCAUUGGUCAUAGAGAAACAUGUCGCUUAUCUGCCCCUACUUGUCCAGGAACAAGUGCAUUGCCCUAUAUAGAUUCCCAGUUUGAUUGUCAAGAUUCUUCUGAUGAAAACCAUGCUGGGGAGGGCCCUGGAGGAGCAGUUGCAAUAGACUGUGAAAUGGUUGGUGGUGGAAGUGAUGGUUCUCUGGAACUUUGUGCUAGAGUGUGUUUGGUUGAUGAAGAUGAGAGAUUAAUCUUUCAUACAUAUGUACAGCCUGAAAUACCUGUUACUAAUUACAGAUAUGAUAUAACUGGAUUGACAGAAGAGCAUCUCAAAAACGCCAUUCCACUAAAGAAAGUUCGAGAAAAGCUACUGCAAAUUCUACAGAAUGGGGAAUCCAUUGGCAAAGUUAGACUGGAUGGUGGAAAGGCCAGGCUUCUUGUGGGGCAUGACUUAGCACACGAUUUAGAUUGCUUAAAAAUGAAUUAUCCUGAUCAUAUGCUGAGAGACACUGCAAAGUAUCGUCCUUUGAUGAAAACAAAUUUGGUCAGCCAUUCGCUCAAGUAUCUCACCCGAACAUAUCUUGGUUAUGAUAUCCAAUCCGGCACUCAUGACCCUUAUGAAGAUUGUAUUUCUGUCAUGAGACUAUACAAGAGAAUACGAUCUCAACUUCAUCCGGAGGAAGACCAUGGAACAAUGACUCUGAGUAACAACAUUGUUGGCAUGCCUGAUAGCUGGAUAUCUAGGGAACUUGACAACCUCACACCAGAUGAACUUUAUGCCAUGUCAAGAUCAGAUUAUAAGUGUUGGUGCUUGGAUUUGAUACCAAGAUUGUCAGCCUGAAUUAUUGAUCUUUGCAUUUGUCCAUAACAUAUCAUAAGCAUAUUUCUUCAAGAACCAUGGGAAUGGAGCAUUUGCAAUGAUAUUCUCUGUGCAUAUCUUUCUAUGCAUCGAGUUAUCUUCCGGACAAGAAAAUUAUGAGAAAAGAUAGGGGUGCUUAAUGAUGGAGCUUUUGUAAAUAUUUAGAACGCUUUGUUCAAAUCACAUGCCCUUGUUUAGAAUGAAGACUUACCUACCUUCUCAUUA